AUGUUUUCUAAGCCUUUUCUCACCUUUGCCUUGACGGCACUCGUUCCUUGUGCCGCGGCAGCUGGUGUCACAGGGUCCGCAGAGGGUUUCGCCAAGGGCGUGACAGGAGGCGGCUCGGCCACUCCCGUCUACCCUACCACCAACGCCGAGUUGGUCUCGUACUUGGGAGACAGCUCGCCUCGCGUCAUCAUUCUCACCAAAACCUUCGACUUCACCGGCACUGAGGGUACCAACUCGUGGUGUGACAACUACGAAGCCAGCGCACCUGAUGUUUCGGUUUCAUACGACAAGGCUGGUAUUCUUGGAAUCACCGUUGGUUCGAACAAGUCUCUCGUUGGCUCGGGCUCUUCAGGCGUCAUCAAGGGCAAGGGGUUGAGAAUCAUCAACGCCAAGAACGUUAUCAUCCAAAACGUUAAGAUAUAUAAUCUUAACCCGCGAUAUGUUUGGGGAGGCGACGCUAUAACUUUGAACAACUGUGACCUGGUCUGGAUUGACCAUGUUUCCACAUCUCUAAUUGGCAGACAGCACAUCGUGCUGGGUACCGACGCCAGUAACCGUGUUACCAUAUCCAACUGUGACAUAGAUGGCACCACGUCAUGGUCGCCUAACUGCGACACUUACCAUUACUGGAACGUGCUAUUCCUCGGCUCACAGGACCUGGUCACCUUCAAGAACAACUACGUCCACCACUUCUCCGGCCGCGCCCCCAAGGUCGGUGGGAACACCCUGCUCCACGCCGUGAACAACUACUUCUACCAGAGCGACAGCAAUGGCCACGCCUUUGAGAUCGACGCCGGCGGCAUGGUCCUCGCCGAGGGCAACGUCUUCCAGAACGUCGUGAAUGUCGUCGCAAGUGGCGUCGCCGGCCAAGCUUUCACAAGCCCCGACAGCACCAGCAACGCUGCGUGCUCCUCAUACCUUGGCCGCAGCUGUGUCAUCAACGCAUUUGGGAGCUCGGGCGCCUUCAACAUCAAGAACACCGGGUUCUUGUCCAACUUCUCUGGGAAGAACAUCGCUUCGGCAUCUAGUGCGAAUGAUGCCAAGGCGGUCUCAUCAAAUGCCGGUUACGGAAAGAUCUAG